CCUCGCCUCUCCCCCGACAACCCCUGCCAGGCUUCCUGUAUAUUUUCCUCCUCCCCUCCUCCCUGGGUCUCGCUCUCGCUAUCCUUACCCUAUCCGCAGCCGCCUGUUAUUAGCAUCCAUCCAUCGCCUUUUUCUUGGGAGCGUGACCAGACCAGACCAUGAGCUUUUAGUUCACCCGUGGCUUUGUUUUUAUCCCCUCGUCGUUGACAGACCAGCGAUACUCCCAUCCAUUGCGGCAUUGCACCUCUGGACAGACUCCUAUCGUCCAAUCUUUCUUUCCUGCCAAUCCUCUGAUUGUUAUUGUGCCCCGUCACGGUUAUCGGCAAUUGUUUUGGUUGCCGCAUCGCCACUGUCAACAUGUCUGCAAACACCGGCUACGGGCAGGUGAUCGAGUACAUCCAAGAUCGUCUCUACUUGGCCUCCUAUGAUAACCCCCCCGAUGCACGCACCCCAUUCCCUUACCCUGUGGAGCAACCGAGAUCUCCUAGCAAGCGGUCCGCGCGUGCUCAGCCGAGUACUCCCAGCAGCAAGAAGCGAAGCCCCGUGUACUUCACGGUAGACGACGUCCUGCUCUACAACUCUUUCCAUGCCGACUUCGGCCCUCUUCACAUUGGUCACCUGUACCGGUUUGCAGUCCAUUUCCACGAAAUUCUCGGGGAUUCUGGGAACAGCGAUCGUGCGGUCGUCUUCUACUCCAAAACCGAUGCGCGUAGCCGUGCUAAUGCCGCCUGUCUCGUCGCGUGCUACAUGGUUCUCAUCCAGUCCUGGCCCCCGCAUCUGGCAUUGGCCCCCAUUGCGCAGGCCGAUCCUCCCUACAUGCCUUUCCGCGAUGCCGGAUACAGUCAGGCGGACUUCAUCUUGAACAUCCAGGAUGUUGUCUAUGGUGUGUGGAAAGCAAAGGAGAAGUCACUGUGUGGCCUGAGGGACUUCAGCCUUGAAGAUUAUGAGAAGUUCGAGCGCGUUGAUAUGGGAGAUUUCAACUGGAUCACGCCUGACUUCCUCGCCUUUGCUUCACCACAGCACUCGCCCAUCGCCCCUAUUGCUACGAAUACUCCCGAAUAUGCUGCAUUGCCUUCGACCAUCUCGGAAGUUCUCGCUUCCAAGUUACCUCUUCCUUUCAAAAAUGUCUUGGCCCACUUUUCGUCCCGCAACGUCGGUCUGGUUGUUAGAUUGAACUCGGAGUUAUAUUCGCCAUCUCACUUUACCGCCAUGGGUAUUACUCAUGUCGACAUGAUCUUCGAGGAUGGCACCUGCCCUCCUUUGCCUCUUGUCCGCCGUUUCAUUAAGAUGGCACACGAGAUGAUCACGGUGAAGAAGAGGGGUAUUGCCGUGCACUGCAAGGCUGGCCUCGGCCGCACCGGCUGCUUGAUCGGUGCCUACUUGAUCUACCGCUAUGGGUUCACUGCGAACGAGAUCAUUGCCUUCAUGAGAUUCAUGCGUCCUGGUAUGGUUGUCGGGCCGCAACAGCACUGGCUGCACCUCAACCAAGGCUCGUUCCGCGAGUGGUGGUUUGAGGAUUCCAUGAAGGAGAAGCUUGCUCAAAUGCAGGCGACGCCCAUCACCCCCGGACGGCCGUCCACCAGGCAGCGUGCCAAUGGACCUGUUGCCACGCCUCCGAACAACGGUCACUCCAAGCGCGCCGCUCUUGGGGAAAUCGAUCACAACGAAGGCGGUGGUGCCCAAAGUGAAGAAAACCUUCCUGCACCAACUCCUGGACAACCUCGGAAAUCCCACAGGAAAGACUCUCGCCACCACCCGUACGCGCGCACCACGUCUGGUUCCCUGCUCGUUGAGAAAGAGGGCAACAAGAGUGGUGACCACAGACAUCAUCGCAUCAGCACCGACAGCAGCGAAAGCGAGGAGGAGGUCCAACUCCGGAUGCUGGCUAAGCGUUCCUCCAAGUCCCCCGUGGCAUCUCCCAACCAACGAUCCGUCAGCUACUCCGCCACAGUAACAGCAAGUUAUACCCUCAACGAUGACGACCGCGAGAACUGGGGUGAUGCUGCGACCUAUGCGGCACCCAAAACUCCCAGCAGCAAGACUGGCGCAGCCAUUGCAGUGACCAAAGUUCGGACGAGUCCGAGGCGUGUUACGGACAGCCGGAGCGACACCAAGGGUGUCCGCAAAGCUAGUGGCCGUGUUGGCAGCACCGGAAGCCCCACGCGCGUGAAAUGAAAGCUCUAGUAUCGGCGCGGGUCGUUUCUUCUCUUCGUACUUUGAGCUUUCAGAUAUCCUUUUCGCCGCGCGUUCACUUCUCUUCGUUGAUGUUACCGGGAUAUAAUGUGUGUAUAGUCCUGGGCAUUUUUCUUACAUUACCACCUGUUCUUCUUGGCAAUUCUCCGGUGUGUUUGUGGUGUUAGGUCUGGCGCAAAACUCAUGGGUCUGGGUGUGUUACGGCGUUCGGUUGUCCUGUUGAUGGUUGAAUGAUCUAGAGUGGUCUGGAAUACAUCGAGUCUUUGACUGGCACAUUAUGUUACACGUGCAAUGACUGCUGUCGGCUCCUAGGGCCGAGGUAGCGAUGUUCUGUUGAUCAAGCCGUGUUUCUCUGUACGUAUACAUCUACGUCGGCAUGACAGAUUUGGUUACGAGC